UGUGGAAAGUUGUUUUAAAAUUUUAGAGGUUAAGUAGUACUGUAAGAAAUGAGUGGAAAUUAGAUUGUUUAAAGUUUGUUUUAACUUUUUAAUUGUUAAUACGUGGUUAAUACGAAUGAAUAACAUAAAUUUCGAGAAGUUUACAUUGAUUAAAUUAAUACAAUGUACCGUUUGAUGCCAACGCAGUUUGUAGUGGACUAUUUCAGAAGUGUACUUUUAAAAACUUUUAAUAAAGCGCAAUUGAAAUUAACUAAUUAUUCUGUUUAUAAUAAGCCAAAAUAUACAAGCGUCAUAAUUUUUUCUGAACAAAGGCGAACGUUUAGUGUGUCGACGUUUUUAACCUCGAAGUUGUUUACUGAGCAUGAGAAUGAUUUUGCUUUUCAAGUUAUGAAAAAAAUAUCGCUGCCUAGAUUGGAAAAUUUUCAAUUGAAAAGUCCCAACGAAGCCAUUUCAUCUCUAGAGAAGUUUAAUGGUCAUUUGAAUCAGGAAUGGAGAUCCAAAACAGCUUCAGAAAUAAUACAGUGUUUCAUUGAUUGUUUAGAUUACUGUGUCAAUAAUAACAUUACAGUAGCGGAUCCUCGUUUUGAUAAACUAGUUGAUGGUUUGGUUGAUCAUGUGGAGCACAUAAAUGAUGAGGAAUUAUCACAGUUAUUACAAUGCUUAACCAAAUACCCUUCUACUGAUUCGCAUAAAUCACAUAAUUUUCAUGAUAUUUGGAGUGCUCUAGAUGAUUUAUGCUGUUGGAAAUUACCAACAUGGACUUUAGAAAAGAUGUUUCACUUUGCUGAGUUAUGGUAUAACCUUAGACUUGCAAGACCAAGCGAUUUUGUUUUUGAAAUGAUUGAUAAAUUAAUACGAAAAGUAGACAAACUUACAAAAGAAGAAUUAAUAAUCGCAUUCUUUUACCUAAAAGUGAACAAACGACGUCAAUUGCCUUUUGAGUUGAGAGACGCACUAGAUCGUUAUUGUGAACAAAUGACAAUUGAUGAAAUGGCUCUUUGUGCAACUACGUUUAACUUUUGCAAGACAAGCACUAAGUCAUCUGUCUUUUGCUCGGAAUUGAUACAGAGAUUAAAACAAGAAGCGAAAACUGUUAAUGAUGCCACUGUCAAAUCAAUUUGUCAAGUAAGUAGGAUAAGUCGUUAUAAUUCCCAAUUUGUUAAAUAUCUACAUGAAAACAGUAGCAAAUUAAACGGCACGCACUUAAUCUGUACGUGCUUUUAUUUGAACCUUUGUCGCAAUUUUGAAUUUGCAAAAGACUUUGAGUCUCAAUUAGAAGACUACAUCGAUUCAUUCAGCAUAGACGAAAUGGCCGUUGUGUCGAUGGGUUUUUUUAAAAGUCGAACUCCCAUCCAAUCCAAAACUAUUUUAAACAAUUUUAUACGUAAAAUUAAAAGGGAACGUUCGAAAAUAAAAGACAUUUCGCUUAGUGCCAUUCUUAAAUUACUUCGCCUUUCGAGUACUCCAACUUUGUCAGAAAAGUUUACGGACUUGCUAGACGUUUUAACGGAAGAGGUCGACCGACUAUCGAAUUUGUCGUGCUUACACAUAGCCCUAUUGGGUACAAAUCUUCAGCUUCUUCACGAGAAGUCUGUAUCAAAGGUUUCCCGAAAAUUGGUGAAAGAUUUUGGUGACGUCGAUAAAAUUCGCUUAAAAGACAUCGAACGGUUACUUUUGGUGUUAACCACAUUCGAAUUACAUCCAAAAACCGAGCCUGAUGUGUUCAAAGCGGCUUAUGACGAAAUCCACCAAGAACGAAGAUUAACCGAAAUAAUUAGACAUCCUAAAUGCCUGCCCUGUAUUCUACAUUAUCUUAGUAUUAAAGGCAUUUAUUCCUAUGAACUUAUGAACAGGAUUCUGGAUCCAGACUUUAUUAUCGAAACCUUUGGUAAGUCGCCAAAAAGUAUACCUAGAGAAUUGUUCUGUUUGGAUCCGAGUAUUGAAAUUGAAUGUCCUGAUUAUAAAGGCCACCGGCUGAGUAAAGAAGUAAGGCGUAAAGUUACAAAAUGGAACACUGAGUAUACACCUUCUGUGGGCCAAACAAAAAAACCAACUGCAGCAGAUUUGCUGGCCAUUGACGUUACAGAAACAGUCUCAAAAAUUGUAAUUCAUAAAAGUCAUUAUUUUAUUAAUCACAUACUGCCCCAUUUUUCACGAUCUGAUAUAAUAAUUUGUAAAAACAUUAGAAGAGAGGAAUUUAUAAAAAUCGAAGGAUUUGAAAAUUAUACACUGGGCGAUAUAAUGUAUCCCCCCAAAAGAGACGAUUGCAGAUGGUAUGCGAUUUGUGUAAUCGGUAGGAACAGUACAAUUAGAGAUACCACGAAAGUACUUGGAUUAAUGAAUAUGAAAAGGAGACAAUUAGAAAAAAUUGGCUAUAUUCCUGUCAUUGUACUUUGGAAUGAAUACAGACAUUUAAGUGACCAAGAAAAAUUAGACUAUAUUUUGAAUAAAAUUUGUUGACAUUUCUAAUUUUGUACAUUAAUAACUAUUUGAUAAAGUAAAUGAAUACGUAGCUACA